AUGUACAAGCCCUCAAUAUUUUGCCAACGCAGGAGCAGUCAUAAGAGCAAGAGCCCCAUCCGUUGCGGCCUUCGCCAGCCUAUCCUUAGUCUCUGGAUGCUGUUUCUGUUGGCACAAGCUGUCAGUUCAAUAGCUGCUGCAUCCGUCGUCGCGACCAACACGGGCAAAACAUGGACCCUCGCAGCCUCGGGAGACGGGCUCGGAGACGCAUUGGACUCGACCGACGCCACGGUCCAGGCGGUAUGGAACCUCACUCGGUCCGCCACAUUUUCCUUCUUCAACAUGGAAGGCGCCGCAGACUCGGACAUACCCCUAUCGCUCGCCGCCACGACACCUGCGUCGUACAUUCUCAACGUGAGCAGAUCCGCGAUCGAUAUCGGCGCCGACGUGGUCCUUGUCCACGGGCCACACACCCUCCGCGGGGUCAAGACCUACCGCGGCCGGCCCGUCUUUUACGGCCUCGAGUCACUGACGUACAGCCUAGGGCUUGACUUCCGCGGGUACAAACUGCCGAUUGAGUGGGAUGACGGUCUGAUCGCACGGGUGGCCUUCGAAGACGGACGCCUCUCUGCGGUGUCUCUUCAUCCCGUGAUUCAUAACCAGCUCACGAACGACACGACUCUGCCUGAGCGGACGCUGCCCAAGGCGCCGCCAUUGGGCGUGGCACAGCGCGUGCUCAUGCACUUGCAGAAGGUGUCUGCGGCGUUUGGUACGUCUGUCCGGAUCGAGGGGGGUGUUGGAUAUGUAGACUUGACGACGUAG